GAAAAUAAAAUAAAAAAACAAAUGGGAAUUUCAAGAGAUAGCCGUCAUAAAAGAAGAGCAACAGGAGGUCGUAUGCCUAUUCACAAAAAGAAGAGAGCUUUCGAAAAAGGAAGACCAGCAGCAUUAACAAAAUUAACAACUCAAUCAACCACAAUAACUGAAAAAAGAAGAAUUAGACCCAUUAGAGCUAGAGGUGGAAAUAUGAAAUUUAGAGCUUUAAGAUUAUUUGAUGGUAAUUUUUCAUGGGUUCUGAAAAUAUAACAAGAAAAACUAAAAUUUUGGAUGUUAAAUAUAACGCAACAAACAACGAAUUGGUUAGAACUAAAACUCUUGUUAAAAAUUCUAUUGUAGAAAUCAAUGCCACUCCAUUCAGAGAAUGGUACAAAAAAUAUUAUGGAUUAGAUAUUGGUCUUAAGAAAGGAGGAGGAGUCUAAUCAGUUUUAGGAAAUAAAGAAAAAUCCAGACAUGUUGAAAAGAGAGUUAAAAGACAAAAAACUAGAGUCAUUGAUCCUAAAGUUGAAGAAUAGUUCCCUUCUUAAAGAAUACUUGCUUGUAUUUCUUCAAGACCUGGAUAAUCUGGAAGGUGUGAUGGUUAUAUUUUAGAAGGAAAAGAACUUGAAUUUUACGUAAGAAAAUUAAUGUCUAAGAAGAAAUGAAGAAAGUGCUAAUAUCUUUAUUUUUUAUAAUAAAAAAAAGUAUUUAUUUUUACUUUUUUUUGUUUUUUAUUUCUUUAUUAAUAUAUGUGUAGGUUUUUCUUACUCUUUUUUUAUUUUGCAUAGCCAUUUUUUUUAUUCUAAAAAAAAUAAAUUUGCAAAAUAAAUAAAAAAGGAGAUAGAUAUUAUUUAAAUAUUUUCAUCAUUUAUUUUAUUU